CUUAAGCCAUCUUGAGUUCUUGAUCCAUAUUUUUCCGAAAGAAAGGAGUAGGCCCAUGGGUCCAGGUGAAUCAAGUCGAAGCAGGUCGAGGUUGAGUGUUAAACAGGCGACUUGGAGAGGAUCCCUUGCACGACUCUUCCAGGUCCCAACAAGCUUGGAGACUUUGAAAUUUCCAACUUCAACAUUUUCAUACCAAAAAUAUCUUAUCCAUGUCCACUUCUACGCAUAAAAUAUCUUCUUUCACCACACAAACUUCAUCUUCCUCUCUUAUACUUCUAUGGAGGGGAAAACCAAUUGAAAAAAAACUUUUAAAAAAAUGCCUGUAACAUGUUUCCCUUUGUACACACCUGCAACUUCAAUCAUAACCAAAAGCUCAACCCCAAAACCUUCCUCUUUCAGCACCUCAACUUCUAAGAAGUUGCCAAUAUAUCACCAUUCAUUUACAUGCAAAGCUUCAGCUUCGCCCUCUUCUUCCAUCACGGAUUUUGAUCUCUAUGAUCUUCUAGGCAUUGAUAGCUCCUCCAAUCAAUCACAGAUUAAAACAGCUUAUCGUGCCUUGCAAAAGCGGUGCCACCCUGACAUUGCUGGACCAGCAGGGCAUGACAUGGCCAUCAUUCUCAAUGAAGCUUAUUCAGUUUUAUCUGACACUGGUUCUCGUAUGGCUUAUGACAAGGAACAAGCAAAGAUGGCAGAGCUGAGGGGUUAUACAGGGAAACCUCUAUAUUCAGUGUGGCUUGGAUCAGGAACUGAGCAACGAGCAGUUUUUGUAGACGAAGUCAAAUGUGUUGGUUGCUUAAAAUGUGCCUUGUUUGCGGACAAGACUUUUGCUAUCGAAUCUGUUUAUGGAAGAGCUCGAGUUGUGGCUCAAUGGGCUGAUUCUGAACACAAAAUCCUGGAGGCUAUUGAAGCUUGCCCAGUUGAUUGCAUUUCCAUUGUGGAGAGGUCAGACCUCGCGGCGCUGGAAUUUUUAAUGUCCAAGCAACCUCGAGGCAAUGUUAGAGUUGGUGUAGGCAACACGGUGGGAGCACGAGUCUCAAACAUAUUUGUUGAUGUUAAGAAAUUUCAAACGAGAUUUGUUGAUGCCAUGGACAAAGAAUCCAAGGAGGCAGAGCUCCGUAGGGAAGCAAGGAUGUCAGCAAUUCACGCGAUCAAAUCUAUUUCAAAAUGGUGGUAUUGGGCGCAAUCACCCAAUGCAGGAGCACCACUGGGGGAGUCUCAACGAAACUUGACACACAUUUCUCGUAAGUCAUCAGAACCGAACAUUAACAAGCUCCGUGAUGCUGCUGCUGCUAGAAAACAGGUAAGAGAGAGUUCAAGAAUCACUGGCGCUCGUAUCCCAUCAAGUUAUAUGUAUGAUGAUGAGUAUUGGAUCCCAUCAAGACAAGCUCUUCCAGCUUCAAGUAAUAACAGCUACAGCUCUAGAGUUGCCUCAAAGCCUUUGCAAACUAAUGAGAAGAAGGAAACAGACGACCAAAUUUAUGAAAUAUAUAGAAGGAAGAGGAACUGGAUAGAGUGGGGAAUUCCAGUGGUGGCUGCAACAAUUGCUGCUGCUAUAGUUCGGCUACAAGUUGGAGACAAAGUGGUUGGUGAAAUCACAGAACACGUAGGCGGCUCUUUGGCACUAACAAUGGUUAAUAGCGCUUGGCUACAGGUUAUUUUAGCAGGGAUUACAUGGUACUUAAUUGGAUCUGCAAUGGUGGAGCUAAUAGAAUUUAUUAGGAAUAGGUGAGAGAGUUACACAGAAAACAAAGGAAAUUUUCAUUGAUUGAUAUAUAAAAUGGGUGAAUAGUUUGUUUGUAUAAUAAAAAUUUGAUAUUGAUAAAUUUGUAUACAUUUUUAUUCAGCCUGCACGAACCCUAUAAAUAACUUUUCAUUUCUUUUUCACCUUUUUUGUUCUUUAAUGCGGAUGGGAAUUGAAAGAUCAGUAUUGAACAAGGAGA